AUGGCGAGCCGGGCUCCGCUGAGAGCCGCGCACAGUCCGCAGGGUCCCCGAGGCCAGGCCGCGCCCGCCGCCACCGGCCGGGCCCCGCUGCCCAGCGCAGGCUGCUGUCCCCUCCCUUCUGGCCGCAACUCCUCCUCCAGGCCUGGGCUGCUCCUGCUGCUGCUCCUGCUACUCCAGGACGUUGGAGCCCAGCAAGGUGAUGGUUGUGGACACACCGUACUAGGCCCUGAGAGUGGGACACUUUCGUCCAUCAACUACCCAUACGCCUACCCUAACAGCACCGUGUGUGAGUGGGAGAUCCGAGUAAAGAUGGGAGAGAGAAUUCGCAUCAAGUUUGGUGACUUUGACAUUGAAGAUUCUGAUUCUUGUCACCUUAAUUACCUGAAAAUCUAUAAUGGAAUUGGAGUCAGCAGAACAGAAAUAGGCAAAUACUGCGGUCUGGGUUUACAAAUGAAUGGGUCAAUUGAGUCCCAAGGCAGCGAAGUCACAGUGCUGUUCAUGAGUGGAAUCCAUGCUUCUGGACGGGGAUUUUUGGCUUCAUACUCAGUUAUAGAUAAACAAGAUUUAAUCACAUGUUUGGAUAACAUAACUAAAAUUUUGGAACCCGAGUUCAGUAAAUACUGCCCAGCUGGCUGCCUGCUCCCUUUUGCUGAAAUAUCUGGAACAAUUCCUCAUGGAUACAGAGAUUCUUCACCACUGUGUAUGGCUGGAAUACAUGCAGGAGUCGUGUCAAAUGUCCUGGGUGGCCAGAUCAGUGUUGUGAUUAGCAAAGGCACCCCGUACUAUGAGAGCUCUUUGGCCAACAACGUCACUUCCGUGGUGGGCUAUUUAUCUCCGAGUCUGUUUACAUUUAAGACAAGUGGCUGUUAUGGGACUCUGGGGAUGGAAUCUGGGGUGAUUGCCGACCCCCAGAUAACCGCAUCUUCUGUGCUGGAGUGGACUGACCACAUGGGGCAGGAGCACAGCUGGAAACCGGAGAAGGCCAGGCUGAGAAAACCUGGGCCUCCAUGGGCUGCUUUUGCCACGGAUGAGCAUCAGUGGCUGCAAAUCGACCUGAAUAAGGAGAAGAAGAUAACAGGUAUUGUAACCACUGGAUCUACCAUGGUAGAACAUAAUUACUAUGUGUCUGCCUAUAGAGUUCUGUACAGUGACGAUGGGCAGAAAUGGACUGUCUACAGAGAGCCUGGUGUGGAGCAGGACAAGAUAUUUCAAGGAAACAAAGAUUAUGACAAGGAUGUUCGUAAUAACUUUUUGCCACCAAUUAUUGCACGUUUCAUUAGAGUGAACCCUGUCCAGUGGCAACAGAAAAUUGCCCUGAAAGUGGAACUACUCGGAUGUCAGUUUACUCUCAAAGGCCGUCUUCCAAAGCUUACUCAGCCUCCUCCACCUCGGAACAACAAUAACCUCAAGAACACAACAGCUCAUCCCAAACUAGGUAAAGGUCGUGCCCCUAAGUUUACUCAAGCACUUCAGCCUCGAAGUAGGAAUGACCUUCCUGCACAGACAGCACAGACAGCUGCCACUCCAGAUAUUAAAAAUACCACCGUCACUCCCAAUGUAACCAAAGAUGUCGCACUGGCUGCCGUUCUUGUUCCUGUGCUGGUCAUGGCUUUCACCACGCUCAUCCUCAUUUUAGUGUGCGCGUGGCAUUGGAGAAACAGAAAGAAAAAAACCGAAGGCACCUAUGAUUUACCGCACUGGGAUCGGGCAGGUUGGUGGAAAGGCGUGAAACAGUUUCUCCCUGCCAAAUCCGUGGAACAUGAGGAGACGCCAGUUCGCUACAGCAAUAGUGAAGUUAGUCACCUGAGCCCGAGAGAAGUCACCACAGUGCUCCAAGCUGAUUCUGCAGAAUAUGCACAACCCCUCGUAGGAGGAAUCGUGGGCACGCUCCAUCAGAGAUCCACCUUUAAACCUGAGGAAGGAAAAGAAGCAGGCUACGCAGACCUGGAUCCUUACAACUCUCCAGUACAGGAAGUGUACCAUGCCUAUGCUGAACCGCUGCCCAUCACGGGGCCUGAGUAUGCAACCCCGAUUGUCAUGGACAUGUCAGGGCACCCCACAGCCUCAGUUGGUCUGCCCUCCACGUCUACUUUCAAAACGGCAGGGAACCAACCUCCUCCCGCUUUAGUGGGAACUUACAACACACUUCUGUCCCGAACUGACAGCUGCUCCUCAGGGCAGGCUCAGUACGACACCCCGAAAGGUGGGAAGCCAGCCGCUGCCCCAGAGGAACUGGUGUACCAGGUGCCACAGAGCACCCAGGAAGUAUCAGGAGCGGGAAGGGAUGAGAAGCGUGAUGCUUUUAAAGAAAUCCUUUGAAGGUGGUGCUGCUUUUCACGAAGCAUCCAUUUAAAGCACAUGGCUUUUUUAUCCGUAGUGUAGUAAUAGUAGAAUGUAUUAUGUAUCUGUCACUGAAGUGGUUUGGGGAAUGUGGUGACCGAGGUACAAGAAACUACUUACCUUGCCAUCUUGCUUUAAAGGUGUUCCUGUGUGGCACAGUACCUGCUUGCCUGUUACAUUUCAAACAUCCUGUUUGUUACUACUGUAAAACACUAUUUUUAAUACCGAAAAGGCUCCCUAUAAUGCACUUCAAAGAACCUGAAAAUCACUGAGUAUUUAUUACCAAUGCUGCAGGUACAUUAAUGAACUUGAGAUGGUUCCAUAAGCCUUGCUGGCAAUAAUGCAUGGUACUGUUCUUGAAAUUAUCAAAUGGCUUGAAAUUCUCCCUUUGUGAAAGGUAGGUACUAUCAUGUUCUCCUCUUUCAACCCUGUAUUCCUGUCUGCAAUCUUUUUCCCCCACAACAGCGGUCCAUAACCAUCGUCAUAGCUGCAGACGUGUGCACUGCUCUGUGUUUCCCUAGGAAGCUGCAUAGCUGGAGCACCCGGCCUUGCAGUACGCUGGGUGACUGACUUUUCCUUUGGUAACACUCUUUUAACACAAGGUGGCUCAGGAUCUGGUCUCACCUGUGCUCAUCCUACCCAGGAUCUUUUGUGGCCUCGCUCUAUCCUGUGUUAUAAAUGCUGGUCGUCCCUUUCAGUAGGCAGACUUUAGGUCUUCUUCCCAUGGAAAUGGGGGAGAAGCCGCUUGGUCCCUCCACUCCCCUCUGCAGAGAUAUAUAAAUUACCUUAGGGAAGAAAUCGAAGGGAGACUAAACUUAAUUAACCUCCUUGGUUUUAUUUACUUAAUUAAACUCCUUGGUUUUAUUUACACACAAGCCCAAAUACAAAAAUUUUCUCUAAGUCCCAAGGUAUUUUAUAAUUUUAAUCAUAGUUUCUAUUUUCUUCAGUAAACUAUUAUAAAAGAAAAAAAAGAAAGAAAAAGAAAACCAGUAUGAACCAGACCUGAUGGCUCAGGUCUAAGACCUGCGAUACUAAGACCUGGGUGGCUGAGGCAUGAGGAUCCCAAGUUCAGUGCUUUGAAGUCUAAGUUCAGGAUGAACCCAGGCUACUCAUAAAAUCCUGUCUCAAAAUAAGAAAGGGGCAGGGAUAUGUCUUAGUGGUUUGUGCUUGCCUACAGUGUGAGGCCCUAGAUUCAGUCCUAGUACUAAAAGAGAAAAGAGGAUCAACAUGCAUUCUUCAGUUCUGUGUAAUUCUGUGGAGAGAGGCCUAAGUAAU